UUGCUCCUCCGCCGCUGUGGUGGACUACUUUCUCUCGGUCGGGGCGGUACUUUUGAGUUCCUUCGUCCACUUAGGGAACCUAUGCCAGCAGAUUCAGCUCGUUCCCCAAGGGAUGAAGGCUUUCUAGGUUUUGUCUGAUGCAAACUAUGCGAGGCUAGGAGGGACACAUUGCGGAGGGAUCCGGUUUGUUGUGGUGGUGGUGGGGAGGGGAGACGCUGACAAACUAAGAUGGCUGCCGCGGCGAUGAAGGCCGUGGCGUUUGGGAGGUAACUGGCAGUGAAGGCUGCAGUAAUUGGGAGGUAGCAGCACAGUUUGGAAGGAAAGGAGACGAAGAGCCUGUAGCAGUAGCGGCAGCCUGAGACUCUCAGAGCACGGCAGCCACACGCCCCCUAGGCCCUCGGCGGACGGCGGCCGCCCUGCUUAAGGCCUAGUCUCCGAGCAGUGCCUCGGCCUCCGACAACGUUGGCGCCAUGAGUCUUUAAGGGUGGUCCGAGUCCUCCUGAUCCUUGGCCCAGACCUAGGGCCCACCAUGGAGCCAGGGUCCGACGACUUCCUACCACCGCCGGAGUGCCCGGUGUUCGAGCCCAGCUGGGCCGAGUUCCGAGACCCACUUGGCUACAUCGCGAAAAUUAGGCCCAUCGCCGAGAAGUCGGGCAUUUGCAAGAUCCGCCCACCCGCGGACUGGCAGCCACCCUUUGCUGUAGAAGUGGACAACUUCAGGUUUACCCCCCGAAUCCAGAGGCUGAAUGAACUAGAGGCCCAGACGAGAGUGAAACUGAACUACUUGGACCAGAUUGCCAAAUUCUGGGAAAUCCAGGGCUCCUCCUUAAAGAUUCCCAAUGUAGAACGGCGGAUCUUGGACCUCUACAGCCUCAGCAAAAUUGUGGUGGAGGAAGGUGGUUAUGAAGCCAUCUGCAAGGACCGUCGAUGGGCCCGGGUGGCCCAGCGCCUCAACUACCCACCAGGGAAGAACAUUGGCUCCCUGCUACGCUCCCACUAUGAGCGCAUUGUUUAUCCCUAUGAGAUGUACCAGUCUGGAGCCAACCUUGUGCAGUGCAACACACGUCCAUUUGAUAAUGAGGAGAAGGACAAGGAAUACAAACCCCAUAGCAUCCCUCUUCGACAGUCUGUGCAGCCUUCCAAGUUUAACAGUUAUGGCCGGAGGGCCAAGAGACUGCAGCCUGAUCCGGAACCCACAGAGGAAGAUAUUGAAAAGAAUCCAGAGCUGAAGAAGCUACAGAUCUAUGGGGCAGGUCCUAAGAUGAUGGGCCUGGGCCUUAUGGCCAAGGAUAAGACUCUGCGAAAGAAAGAUAAGGAAGGGCCUGAAUGUCCCCCCACUGUGGUGGUAAAGGAGGAGUCAGGUGGGGACAUAAAGGUGGAGUCAGCCUCACCCAAGACCUUCCUGGAAAGCAAGGAGGAGCUGAGUCACAGCCCAGAACCCUGUACCAAGAUGACCAUGAGGCUGCGGAGGAACCACAGCAAUGCCCAGUUUAUUGAGUCAUAUGUAUGCCGGAUGUGUUCCCGAGGGGAUGAAGAUGACAAACUCUUGCUGUGUGAUGGCUGUGAUGACAACUACCACAUCUUUUGCUUGCUGCCUCCUCUACCUGAGAUCCCCAAGGGUGUCUGGCGGUGCCCAAAGUGUGUCAUGGCGGAGUGUAAGCGCCCCCCUGAAGCCUUUGGCUUUGAGCAGGCUACCCGGGAAUAUACUCUUCAGAGCUUUGGCGAGAUGGCUGACUCCUUUAAAGCUGACUACUUCAACAUGCCCGUGCACAUGGUGCCCACAGAACUUGUGGAGAAAGAAUUCUGGCGGCUGGUGAAUAGCAUCGAGGAAGAUGUGACUGUUGAGUAUGGAGCUGACAUCCAUUCCAAAGAAUUUGGCAGUGGUUUCCCUGUCAGUGACAGUAAGCGGAACCUAACUCCUGAGGAGGAGGAGUAUGCUGUCAGUGGUUGGAACCUGAAUGUGAUGCCGGUGUUGGAGCAGUCCGUACUGUGCCACAUCAAUGCAGAUAUCUCAGGCAUGAAGGUGCCCUGGCUCUAUGUGGGCAUGGUCUUCUCAGCAUUUUGUUGGCAUAUUGAGGAUCAUUGGAGUUACUCCAUUAACUACCUCCACUGGGGUGAGCCAAAGACCUGGUAUGGGGUACCCUCGCUUGCAGCUGAACAUUUGGAAGAGGUGAUGAAGAAGCUGACACCUGAGCUGUUUGAUAGCCAGCCUGACCUCUUGCACCAACUUGUCACCCUCAUGAAUCCUAACACCCUCAUGUCCCAUGGUGUGCCGGUUGUCCGCACAAACCAGUGUGCAGGAGAAUUUGUCAUCACCUUCCCUCGUGCUUACCACAGUGGCUUCAACCAAGGCUAUAACUUUGCUGAGGCUGUCAACUUUUGCACUGCUGACUGGCUGCCUGCUGGGCGCCAGUGCAUUGAGCACUAUCGCCGGCUCCGAAGAUACUGCGUCUUCUCCCAUGAGGAGCUCAUCUGCAAGAUGGCUGCCUGCCCAGAGAAGCUAGAUCUGAACCUGGCAGCAGCUGUUCAUAAGGAGAUGUUCAUCAUGGUGCAGGAAGAGCGGCGUCUACGAAAGGCCCUGCUGGAGAAGGGCAUCACGGAGGCUGAACGAGAAGCCUUUGAGUUGCUCCCAGAUGAUGAGCGCCAGUGCAUCAAGUGCAAGACCACUUGUUUCUUAUCAGCCCUGGCCUGCUAUGACUGCCCAGAUGGCCUUGUCUGCCUUUCCCACAUCAAUGACCUCUGCAAGUGCUCUAGUAGCCGGCAGUACCUGCGGUAUCGGUACACCUUGGAUGAGCUUCCUGCCAUGUUGCAUAAGCUGAAGGUUCGAGCUGAGUCCUUUGACACCUGGGCCAACAAAGUGCGAGUGGCCCUGGAAGUGGAGGAUGGGCGAAAGCGCAGCCUUGAAGAGCUGAGAGCACUUGAGUCUGAGGCCCGUGAGCGGAGAUUUCCUAAUAGUGAGCUACUACAGCGAUUGAAGAACUGCCUGAGUGAAGCAGAGGCUUGCGUGUCCCGGGCUCUGGGAUUGGUCAGCGGCCAGGAAGCUGGCCCCUACAGGGUGGCUGGUCUACAGAUGACCCUGGCUGAGCUCCGGGCCUUUCUGGACCAGAUGAGCAACCUGCCUUGUGCCAUGCACCAGAUUGGGAAUGUCAAGGGUAUUCUGGAACAGGUGGAAGCAUACCAGACUGAAGCCCGUGAGGCCCUGGCCUCACUGCCCUCCAGUCCAGGGAUACUGCAGUCCCUGUUGGAGAGGGGGCAACGGCUAGGGGUGGAGGUACCUGAGGCCCAGCAGCUCCAGCGGCAGGUAGAGCAAGCACGAUGGCUGGAUGAGGUGAAACGCACGCUGGCCCCCUCAGCCCAGAGGGGCACCCUGGCUGUUAUGCGGGGACUGUUGGUUGCGGGCGCCAGUGUAGCCCCUAGCCCUGCUGUGGAUAAGGCCCGGGCUGAGUUGCAGGAGCUGCUGACCAUUGCUGAACGCUGGGAGGAGAAGGCCCAUCUCUGCCUGGAGGCCAGGCAGAAGCAUCCACCAGCCACGCUGGAGGCCAUAAUCCGCGAGGCAGAAAACAUCCCUGUUCACCUGCCCAACAUUCAGGCUCUCAAGGAGGCUCUUGCUAAGGCCCGGGCCUGGAUUGCUGAUGUGGAUGAGAUCCAAAAUGGUGACCACUACCCCUGUUUGGAUGACUUGGAAGGCCUGGUGGCUGUAGGCCGGGACCUACCUGUGGGACUGGAGGAGCUGAGACAGCUAGAGCUGCAGGUACUGACAGCGCACUCAUGGAGGGAGAAGGCCUCCAAGACCUUCCUCAAGAAGAAUUCUUGCUACACACUGCUGGAGGUGCUCUGCCCGUGUGCAGACGCUGGCUCAGACAGCGUCAAACGCAGCCGGUGGAUGGAGAAGGAGCUGGGAUUGUACAAAUCUGACACAGAGCUGCUGGGGCUAUCUGCACAGGAUCUCAGGGAUCCAGGCUCUGUGAUCGUGGCCUUCAAGGAGGGGGAACAGAAGGAGAAGGAGGGUAUCCUGCAGCUGCGUCGCACCAACUCAGCCAAGCCCAAUCCACUGUCAUCGCUGACCACAGCUUCCUCUGCAACCUCCAUCUGUGUGUGUGGGCAGGUGCCAGCUGGGGUGGGAGCUCUGCAGUGUGACCUGUGUCAGGACUGGUUCCAUGGGCGAUGUGUGUCGGUGCCCCGCCUUCUAAACUCCCCCAGGUCCAGUCCCAUCUCAUCCCCACUGCUGGCUUGGUGGGAGUGGGACACCAAAUUCCUGUGUCCACUGUGUAUGCGCUCACGGCGCCCACGCCUGGAGACCAUCCUGGCACUGCUAGUAGCCCUGCAGAGACUGCCUGUGCGGCUGCCCGAGGGUGAGGCCCUGCAGUGCCUCACAGAGAGGGCCAUCAGCUGGCAAGGCCGUGCCAGACAGGCUCUGGCCUCUGAGGAUGUGACUGCCCUGUUGAGACGGCUGGCUGAGCUUCAUCAGUGGGUGCAGGCUGAACCUAGGCCGGAGGAGCCCCCUACCUACCCUUCAGUCCCUGCCUCUGACCCUCUCAGAGAGGGCGGUGGCAAGGAUAUGCCUAAGGUCCAGGGGUUGCUGGAGAAUGGAGACAGUGUUACCAGUCCUGAGAAGGUAGCCCCAGGGGAGAGCUCAGGUAAGAGAGACUUGGAGCUGCUAUCCUCACUGUUGCCACAGUUGACUGGCCCCAUGUUGGAGCUGCCUGAGGCAACUCGGGCCCCCCUGGAGGAGCUCAUGAUGGAGGGAGACCUGCUUGAGGUGACCCUGGAUGAGAACCACAGCAUCUGGCAGCUGCUACAGGCUGGGAAGCCUCCAGACUUGGAGCGGAUCCGCACUCUUCUGGAGCUGGAGAAGGCAGAGCACCAUGGGAGUCGGGCACGUGGCCGAGCCCUGGAGAAGCGGCGGCGGCGGAAGGUGGAUCGGGUUGGGGAGGGCGAUGACCCAGCCCGAGAGGAGCUAGAGCCAAAGAGGGUACGGAGCUCAGGGCCAGAGGCUGAGGAGGCCCAGGAGGAAGAAGAGCUGGAGGAGGAAACUGGGGGUGAGGGUCCUACCCCUCUACUCCCCACCGCUGGCAGCCCCAUCCCCCAGGAGAACCAGAAUGGCUUAGAGCCGGGCCUAGCGGCCAGCUCAGGCCUCUCUGCCCCUUACUCCACGCUGACUCCCCGGCUGCAUAUGCCCUGCCCACAGCAGCCACCUCAGCAAGAGUUGUGACAGUGGCUGAGCCUAGCACAGACCCCAACAGACCAGACCCCCUUGGCCUCAAGGAUCCUCUUUCUGACCAUCAAGCCUGCUUCUUGGGAGGUGGGCGGUGGGGGCGGAGGGUGGCUACUCCCCCAGCCCACCACUGAAGUCCCUUGACUUUUGUAUUCUGACUCCAAGGUAUUGUUCAGACCUCAGCUCCUGGGGGCCGGCCCCUGGAGUCCCCCUCCCUGGUAGCCUCUAACCAGCAUUCCCAGACACCUGAGGCAGAUCGAUGGAUGGGCAGGAUGGGUGGCUGGGGCUGUGCCAGCACCAUUCCAGAAACAGGGCCUAUGCAAACUGAGGAAUGUCCUCUCCCCAGUUUUGGCCCUGGCCAAGCUAUGUUACACUAACCUCACCUUCCCUCUCUCUCUUCCCUUCCUCUUCUCCUUGCUUCCCCUGACUGUUCUACCCAGGAGGAGGAAAUUUCACAUAGAUGUGCUCACAGUUUUUUUUUUAUUUUAAAUAAAUUUGGUUGGGGAGUUGAACAGGAACAGAGCUCCCUGUAAUCUGAAGAAAGCUUUUGGUGCUUGUUCUCACAACCACUUCGACCCUCCCUCCCUGUCUUCCCCCGUCUGUGUUCCUCCUCCUGGGUUCAUGUUGUAAUAAAAGAAGAUUGUUGGUGUGUAAUUAAUUUGUUCA